AUGGUGAUUUUCUUGGUUUUUGGCAUGUGGGUGAUGGUGGUUGUUGUCAAGGGUAAAACUGGAAAUACAACAUCAUCAUCUUCAAGAAUGCAUAGUGUUGUAAAUGUUGGAGCUUUGUUCACUGUGAAUUCGGUUAUUGGGCGUUCUGUGAAGCCUGCUAUUGCAGCUGCCAUUGAUGACGUCAAUUCGAGUCCAACUAUUCUUGUAGGAACUCGAUUGAAUCUUAUUUUGCAUGACACUAAUUGCAGUGGAUUUCUCGGCACCAUUGGAGCUUUACAACUGAUGGAAAACGAUGUGGUGGCUGCAAUCGGACCACAAUCCUCCGGCAUAGCCCACGUAAUUUCCCACGUCGUCAACGAACUUCACGUACCACUUCUCUCAUUCGGUGCAACCGACCCGACACUUUCAGCUCUCGAAUACCCGUAUUUCAUCCGCACCACACAAAACGACUACCAACAAAUGUCCGCCAUAACCGAUUUCGUUCUACAUUUCGACUGGAAAGAAGUGAUCGCCAUAUUUGUCGACGACGAUUACGGCAGAAACGGAAUUUCUGCCUUGAGCGACGCCCUUUCCAAGAAACAUGCCAAGAUUUCUUACAAAGCUUCGUUUACUUCAGGUGCAUCGGAAAGAGAAAUAACUGAACUACUGAUCGGAGUCAACUUGAGGGAGUCUAGGGUUUAUGUCGUUCACGUGAAUCCCGACUCCGGUCUAGAGAUUUUCGCCGUUGCAAAAAAGCUCGGGAUGAUGACGAGUGGUUACGUUUGGAUUACCACCGAUUGGCUUCCGGCGGUUUUGGAUUCGUCGGAGUUGCCGGAUCUUGACACGAUGAAUCUCAUUCAAGGCGUCGUGUCGUUGCGCCAACAUACGUCUAGUUCUGAUAUCAAGAAAUCUUUCGAAAAGAAAUGGAAGAACAUCAAAGACAAAGAGACAUCUAGCUUCAAUUCAUACGCUCUCUACGCUUACGAUUCCGUCUGGCUACUCGCACAUGCUCUUGAUAAAUUCUUGAAAUCUGGUAACAGUAUCACAUUUUCAUACGAUCCUAAGCUUCGAGACACCAACGGAAGUGAGCUCCGGUUAUCUGAACUUCGGAUCUUCAACGAAGGAGAGAAGCUUCUCGAAACGAUUCUGACCACAACCUUCGUGGGUUUGACCGGCGAGGUGAAGUUUAACGAGGACAAGAACUUGAUUCAUCCGGCGUAUGACAUCGUGAACAUCGUCGGGACCGGUGUACGGAUCAUCGGAUAUUGGUCGAACCAUUCGGGUCUCUCGGUUGCCGUUCCUGAAUCGCUAGACGACCAAACUGCCGCGGGGAUGGGUUUUCCGAACAACGGGACGCCGUUGAGAGUUGCAGUGCCGUAUAGGUAUAGUUAUAAAGAAGUUGUGACGAAAGAUAAGUCUCCAGAAGGUGUAAGAGGUUAUUGUAUUGAUGUCUUUGAAGCUGCUGUGAAUUUACUUCCUUACCCUGUCCCUCGGAAAUACUUUUUAUAUGGAGAUGGUCGAAGAAACCCUAGCUACACCAAUCUUGUGAACUCUGUUGCUCAAAAACCAGUUGGAGAUGUUACUAUUACUACAAACCGAACAAGGAUAGUUGACUUUACACAGCCGUACAUGGAAUCGGGGCUUGUGAUAGUUGUUGCAGUGAAAGAAGCAAAACCACAACCAUGGGCUUUUCUCAAGCCAUUCACAAUUGAAAUGUGGCUUGUCACCUGUGGAUUCUUUCUUUUUGUUGGAUGUGUUGUUUGGACUCUUGAGCAUCGGCUAAACCAUGAAUUUCGUGGACCUCCAAGGCAACAAAUCAUCACAAUCUUCUGGUUUAGCUUCUCAACGAUGUUUUUUUCACACAGAGAGAACACUGUGAGCACAAUGGGACGAUUCGUACUAAUCUUGUGGCUAUUUGUGGUGUUGAUUAUAAAUUCAAGUUACACCGCGAGCUUGACAUCAAUCCUCACAGUACAACAGUUGACUUCACGGAUUGAAGGGAUUGAUAGUUUGAUCUCAAGCAAUGACCCGAUUGGAGUACAAGAUGGAACUUUUGCCUAUAAUUAUUUGGUUCGGGAUCUUAAUAUUUUGGAGUCUAGGAUCAAACCAUUGAGAGAUGAGGUCGAAUAUGUAAAUGCACUUCGUUUAGGUCCAAAAGCCGGUGGUGUGGCUGCCAUUGUUGAUGAGCUUCCUUAUAUUGAGCUCUUCAUGAGGUAUACUAAGUGUGAGUUCAGGAUCGUUGGUGAAGAGUUUACUAAAAGUGGUUGGGGUUUUGCAUUCCAGAGAGACUCUCCUCUAGCAGUGGAUUUAUCAACAGCCAUCCUCCAACUUUCAGAAAAUGGAGACUUGCAAAGAAUUCAUGACAAAUGGCUAUCUUUAGCUUCAUGUUCAUCUCAAACUACCCAAGUGGAAGAGACCAGUAGCCUCUCUCUUAACAACUUCUGGGGCCUGUUUUUGAUCUGUGGUGUUGCAUGCUUCAUUUCUCUCGGCAUUUUCUUCUGCAGAAUAUUGUGUCAAUACCUUCGGUUUAUUCCUCAUGAUGAAGAAGCUCAUGAUCAUGAGAUUGUGGAGCCAGCCUCACAAACACCACGCACUGGCAGACGAUCUCUUCGUGGCAUCAGCUUUAAGGAUUUGGUUGAUUUUUAUGAUAGAAAAGAGGCGGAGAUUAAGGAAAUGGUUAGGAGAAACAAGAGGCAUGCUAGUAGGGACUCGGAUGAGCAUAAUAGUUCACCUUCCUAA